GCUGUCCUCCACUGUAAACUCAUUGGUACCACAGAGACCCUCACACAGAUUUCAUGGCAGAGAUUGACCAGAGGAAAACCUCGGACGGACAAUUUCUAUACAAUCUCGUCCCAUUAUGGACCACGCUCUGUCAAUGGCCAUGAUGAUCGGUUUAGGUUCAUUGGGAGUUUUACAGAUAAAGAGGGUACUCUCCAGUUAUCGAAUGUCACACUGAUGGAUGAAGGCACCUACACAUGUGUGUUCACUUUGUUCCCCAGCGGGAUCCAUGAGACAGCGAUACCUCUUAUAGUUCAUGUGCCUCCGGUCACAAGCCUGAAGGAUGCUCAUCCUGCUUUGGGUAACGACGAGGUCCCUCUUAUUACCUGCACGGCUGCUGGUUCCAAACCUCCUGCAGAGGUGAGGUGGCUCACUGGUACUCUGGGAGAGAAAGUGAGGCCGUCAACCAACUCCAGCCUUCAUGCUAACGGUACGACUACCACAGUCAGCUGGCUGUUUGGAGUGCCUACCAGAGAACUCAACGAUCGUUCAGUCCAGUGUGUCAUCACCAGUCCUGCUCUAGAGAGAGAAGAAACCCUGACCUCCACCAUACAUAUCCACUCUGCAGCAGGCUGUGCACAAUACUACCAGGCCAAUACAGCCUCUUUCAUUUUGUUUAUGUGGGUUUUUUUAUUUCCUGUUUUUAUUUGAACUAGAUCAUUGAGCUGAAACAAACCCUCCCUUAAAGCCUCAGGACCCUUGGAACACAAGGAUAACAUAAGAAAUGACAUAAUAAAACAGAACAAUAAAUCUAAA